AAUAUAAAACCGUGAAGAAAAGCAGCGAUUUUUAAGAAGACGUCAUGCUUUCUGCAACUCCCCUGUAUGGCAACGUUCAUAGCUGGAUGAGCAAUGAAAGGGUCCGCAUGUGUGGAAUUAAUGAAGACAGGAAAAUUCCAGUUAAUGAUGGCGAUGCACCGAAAAGCAGACUGGAGUUGAGGGAGGAAAAUCACCUGAAUCACAGUGUGGUGGAUGCAACUACAGCCCAUCGCAUUGACAGUCUCGCAGCUCUGAGUAUGGACAGGUCUGGACUUAUGCGAGAAGGACUCAGAGUCCCCAGUAGUAUUGUCUAUUCCAGCUUGUGUGGAAUCGGCUCCGAAAAAUCGCGGGAUGCUACGAGUUCUAUAGCUGGUCUCGGAUUUACUCCUGAAAGAAAUCCAGAGAUUCAGUUUAAGUCUAAUCCCACCGAAGCGGUAGAAAAUGCAGCUGUCGCUGGAAAAGGCCCGAACGGCUUCAGUGCUAUAUACAAAACGCCUCCUGGAAUACAAAAAAACUCUGUCCCGACGGGAGAGACGCUGGGCUUGGACCGAGCCGCGAGCGACAAGCAGAGCCCUCUCGGUGUCAAUGGUGCUAGCUACCUAAGGCUCCCCUGGGUGAAUCCCUACAUGGAGGGGGCGACACCCACCAUAUACCCUUUUCUUGACUCACCAAAUAAGUAUUCGUUGAACAUGUACAAGGCAUUGCUACCUCAGCAGUCCACUUACAGCUUACCGCAGCACCUGGCUUACUCGCCCGUGUGCACGAACGGUGAACGCUUUUUGUACCUGCCUCCCUCCCACUACGUCACCCCGCACAUCCCUUCGUCGCUCGCCUCGCCCAUGAGGAUCUCGGCCGCCUCGGCCUCUCCGGCCAUCCCGCCCUUGGUGCACUGCCCGGACAAGAGCUUGUCGUGGAAGAUGGGGGUGAGCCCCGGCACCCCCGUCGAGGCGCACGCCUACCCGCACCUGCAGAACAGCAAACAGCCCCGCGUCCCUGCCGCCAAGACGGCGCCCACCGGCAUGGCGCCCGACCCCGCGCUCCUGCUGCCCCACUCGCCGCGGCCGUCCCCCCGCCUCCCGCUGCCCGCCCAGGUCGGGGACGCCUACGCCGAGUUUCACAAACACUUCCCCAGCAUCGCCACCUCGCCCUCCUCCUCGGUUGCGCUCCCCAAGCCCUACCUGAACGUGAGCGGCGAGUUCCCACCUGCGCGGCUGCCCAACGGGAAGCUGCCCAAGGCCGGCGAGGCCGCCGAGGGGCCUGCCCAGGCAGCGCCGCACGUCAGGAAGGCCAGCCAUGACCGAAAAGACAGCCGGUCGCCCCCGCUCCUGGAAAAGCAGGCUCCAACCAAAGACGUCACGGACAAGCCCCUGGACCUGUCGGCCAAGGUGGUUGACGCCGAGGCCGCUGGCAAAGCGGAGCAUGUUAAAAAAAUGCCGCCGACGGUGCUGGUGCACGGCCGGGCUGGAGGCGGCGCGCUGCUGCGGGGGGGCGAUGCCCCGAAGGAGACCCUUUCCCCCGGGAACGGCUGCCCCAUCUACCGGCCCGAAAUCAUCAGCACGGCGCCGUCCUCCUGGAUCGUUCCCGGCCCCGGCCCCGGUGAGGAGAGUGGCAAAAGCGUCCCGCUGAAAAACAAGGCUCUGGACUGGGUGAUCCCGCAGCAGCGGAGCUCCUCGUGCCCCAGGAUGGGCGGCACGGAGGCGGUGGUCGGUAGCGUUGCGGGGACGGUGCCGACGGGGGGGCGGCCGGCCUCAGCCUCGCCGGCUCCCAACGCCAACGCCGACUGUGCCAAGGCGGCCCGGAGCGGCGCGGAGAGCACGGCCUCCGUCAUCCAGCACGUCGGGCAGCCCCUGGCCGCCUCGGCCAAGCACAGCAAUAAGGUGGCCAAGUCCUGCGGCCAGGAAGCUAAUUUCAAGGCCAGCGAGAGCGCUCUGGCCUCCAGCCCCAUAUUUCUGCCGCCCAACGAGGCGUUUCGCUCCCCGCCUCUGCCCUACCCCAGGAGUUACCUCCCGUACCCCGUCCCGGAGGGUCUGGCCAUCAGCCCCCUGUCCCUGCACGGGAAGGGGCACGUGUACCCGCACCCGGUCCUGCUGCCCAACGGCAGCCUCUACCCUGGACACCUGGCUCCCAAACCCGGCCUCCCCUACAGCCUCCCGGCCGGCCGGGGCGAGUUCAUGACCUACCAAGACGCGCUGGGCAUGGGGAUGGUGCACCCCAUGUUGCUGCAGCACUCGGCGCUGGAGAUGAGCAAGGACGAGAAGUCGGAGAGGAGGUCGAGGUCCCACGAGAGGGUGCGCUACGAGGACCCGGCGCUGCGCAGCAGGCUGCCCGAGCUGCUGGAGACCGGCGGGAAGAUGCACUUCGAGGUAGCUGGCGACAAGAACGUGAAACUGCACCAGAGCUCCAGCCACGGCAAAAACUCUGCCAAAAGCGACAAGCACCUCUUCCCGGACCUCCUGCGAGAUGAGCAGGAUGCUAAAAGCGAAACGAAUUUAACAAAAACCGGCUUCGCUGCCGAGAGCGGCAAUCAGGCUAAUGACCCUACGAAGCACAAGGUAGAACAGGCGUCUCAGCACAGAGAUUUUAUUGUGAUGAGAGAGGAGUUUGGAAGGAAUAACGAUCUGCACGAAACCUAUAAUUUUAAGCAAGGCCAGGGUUCGGCCGUGUUCGGCUUGAGGAAGGAGGACUUACCUGCAAGCCAAAAUAAAGAGAGGGUGGCCGUUCAGCCCGCGCCUGCCUUCCUGGAAGCUGCCCACGAGAGCGAUGGCCCAGCUCUGGCUUUUGGCAAAGUGCAGGACGACGCGAAGCAGUUCUGCAUGGGAAGCGCGCAGCCGAGCCUCGAAACCAAUCAGACGUAUACCAAAGAUGGAGCCGACGACGCGGACUCUGCAGAUGGCAAAAUAUUGAAACCCAAGCCAUCUAAACUGGCAAAAAGGAUCGCAAACUCUGCCGGUUAUGUAGGUGACCGCUUCAAGUGUGUGACGACCGAACUGUACGCAGAUUCGAGUCAGCUCAGCCGGGAGCAGCGGGCGCUACAGAUGGAAGGAUUACAAGAGGACAGUAUUUUAUGUCUACCUGCUGCUUACUGUGAGCGUGCAAUGAUGCGCUUCUCAGAGUUGGAGAUGAAAGAGAGAGAAGGCCAAACAGCUACCAAAGACUCAGAGGUCUGCAGAUUCAGCCAGGCAGACUGGGAAAACUUGAAAGGAAACAGUGAAAAGAAGCCAAAGUCUGUCGCUCUGGAAGAUGCCAUUGCUGACCAAAAUGACAAUGACAGAUGUAAUUUUGCCAGUGCAGAAAACAACCAAGGUCACUUUCUUGAAACUCCGGAGGAAAAAGAUCUCUCAAAUGAGAAAUGUUACUUAGAGAGACAUUCUGUAUAUGAGAAAGCGGAAGACCAGCCAACAGAAGAUAUUGGCCAACAUCCAUGUCCACGUCUGGACAGGAAGCGUAAACACUCUGGUGAGAGAGUGCAAAAUGAUGGCAGCCAAAACGAAAGCUUUGUGGACGAGCUGCAGGAUGAGCUUAUAUCAAAGGCAAAAAAGAAGAAGAGCUCCAAAGAUGACUGGCCUGAGAGGGAAAUGACAAACAAUUCCUCUAACCACUUAGAAGAGCCCAAUUGUAAUGAGGUGACCAACCUGAAGGUGUGCAUUGAAUUAACAGGGCUCCAUCCCAAAAAGCAGCGUCACCUGCAGCAUCUUAGGGAACUAUGGGAGCAGCAGGUGUCACCAGAGAGAUCCCCGUCCGGCAAGUUGGGCCGGCAAAGCAGGAAAGAUUUAGCUGAGGCUGUUCAGCCAGAGGCCACUGCAAAGGUCAAAGACUUCACAGAAGAAAGGCACACCAAGAAAAGGUCAGAGGCCAAAAGCAAUAGAAGUUGGUCUGAAGAGUCCCUCAAAACAAGUGACAAUGAACAAGGCUUGCCUGUAUUCCCAGUGUCUCCGCACAUGAAGAGCCUUUCAUCCACCAAUGCAAACAGCAAAAGGCAGGCUCAGCCAAGCUGUACUCCAGCCUCGAGGUUGGCUGCCAAACAGCAGAAAAUUAAAGAAAGCCGGAAGACAGAUGGGCUGUACACAGAUGAAGAGGAGGAUUUCCAACCUGCAUCUCUGCUGCAGAAAUACUCCGAGUGUGAGAAGCCAUCAGGGAAACGUCAGUGUAAAACAAAACACUUGGCACUGCAGGAGAGGAGAAGGAGGUCAUCCCUGACAGGGGACGACACCACAGAUAUCGAAAAUGCUGAAGAUAAGGUUACGGUAAUGAGGAAGGUCAGGAAGCGACCGGAGCCCUCUUCGGACUGCGACUCCUCGCCGGCCAAGCCCUACGAGCAGAAGCUGUUCGAGCGCCUGCAGCAGCCCCCCUCGCUGCCGCCCGCCCCCCAGCCCUCGCCGCUGCAGGUGGCCAGCCCCCCGCCGGAGACCACCCCGAGCCGGCCCAUGCCUCCCGAGGCUCGCAGGCUGAUCGUCAACAAGAACGCGGGCGAGACCCUCCUGCAGCGGGCAGCACGCCUGGGCUACGAGGAAGUGGUUCUGUAUUGUUUGGAAAACAAGGUCUGUGAUGUAAACCAUCGUGACAAUGCGGGUUAUUGUGCCCUGCAUGAGGCCUGUGCCAGGGGCUGGCUGAGCAUCGUGAGACAUCUCCUCGAGUACGGGGCUGACGUGAACUGCAGCGCGCAGGACGGAACCAGACCAAUCCAUGACGCGGUAGAAAACGAUCACUUAGAAAUUGUCCGCCUUUUACUGUCCUAUGGUGCUGAUCCAACGCUCGCAACGUACUCCGGGAGGACCAUUGUGAAAAUGACCCACAGCGAGCUGAUGGAGACCUUCCUCACAGAGUAUUUAACUGACCUGCAGGGUCGAAGUGUUGAUGACCCUGGUUUGUACUGGGAUUUCUAUGGCAGCUCUGUGUGCGAUCCAAAAGAUGAAUCUGGAUUUGACAUCUUGGCAAAUCCCCCUGGCCCAGGCGAUGAAGAUGAAGAUGGCUUUAGCGAUGUGUUUGAAUUCGAAUUUUCGGAUGAACUUCCCUUGCCCUGUUACAACAUCCAAGUGUGUCUCUCUCAGGGACCGCGAAACUGGCUCUUGCUCUCCGACGUGGUAAAGAGGCUAAAAAUGUCAUCUCGCAUCUUCCGCUGCAACUUCCCCAAUCUGGAAGUCGUCACCAUCACAGAGGCAGAGUUUUACAAACAGACUUCUCUCAGCCAGUUGCUCACUUGUGCUACGGACCUUGAAGCGUUUAACCCAGAAAGCAAAGAGCUGUUGGACUUGGUAGAGUUUACAAGCGAACUCAAGACUUUGCUGGGCUCCUCGCUUCACUGGUUGCAUCCACACAAGGACCCUCCCUUCGACAUCCUUUGCUGAACCAUCAGGCCGUUUAAUGUACAGUACUAUAUACAGUUACUUCUUUAUGUAUAUGUGUUCAAAUGCAAUUGUUUCUGUAAAGAAAGGACACUAUUAAAUAUGAAAAUAUCUUUCCUUUAUAUAAGAGAUCUGAAUUCCAGUUGGAUGGAUUUUGGAAGAAUUUUUUUUUAACUUCAAUCAGUUUUUACAAAAUUGUUAUAUAAUGUUUCUUUAAAUGCACACAGGCUUUGGGAUAAGUUUGUUAUUACUUGGAACACAUUUUUUUUUUAGAGAAUACACCCACACAUCGACUUUGUUUCAUACAAAGCACUGAUUACACAGAACAUACUUUUUAUAGGUGAUGUGAUCAAAGUCAUGUGGCUUGUUUGGGAGAUAGGAUUUUGGGAAGGCACUUGGUGAUAUUAUUUUUGUUUUUUUGUUUACAGAAUUACCUGCUUUGGCCAGGUAAGCACUAUUGAAUAUAAUUCAAUAGUUUGUAAUAUAAAUUAAACCAUAUCCAUACACAUCAACUAAUUGUAAGAACUUUUAUAUCCUAAUUUAAAAGCUGUGAAAUUUAGUUUUCACACAUCAAACCGGAUUGUUUAUAUAUGUUUAAACAUUUUAUGCUCUUUAUUUAAAGAAGACGUUGAACUAUUUUUUCUGUACCUUGUAAAAUAUUGAAAAACUAACAUAUGUUGAAGUUGCUUGAAACUGUACAUAAACUAAAUUUUCUGAAUUGUGUGUUUAUGUUUGAGAUCUGUGUUUUAACUUUGUAAGUAAAUCUCCUGCCUUUGUAUUUAUAUUUUACAAAAAUUUUCUUAAAGGCAAUAAAACUGUUGAGAAAUGAAGA